AUGGUGAAAUUGGCCAAUCAUGCUUCUGCUGUUUCGCCGGUUUGGCUCAGUGUCCCACCCCCCAUCCCUCCCUUCAUCAGCAGCUCUGGAGAGUCAGCGGAAAGCGCUCUCUGCCCUCUGACAGUGUCACCCUCCACUCUGGUGGUCAGGUUUGGAGAUCCUGUCGCAGCUAACUGCUCUGUGUCAGAGAAGGGAUUUCCUGUCCUGGGUUGGAUAGUCCCACUGCACGGUCCUGAGGCCGUCAUGGAUCGUUUUCUUGUCUGGAGAGUGAACAGGAUGACCAAUUGGAGCAUCAGUCCUGUAUGCUAUGCACUGUCUGAACAAGGAGGACAAUGCGACAUUACUCUCCCUGUAACAGUCUACAAGCCUCCAGACAGUGUGUCCAUCAGCUUUAAAAAUCAUUCUGGGCCAAUGUUUGAGGGUCAUAAGUACACUCUACAGUGUAAAGUACAGGAUGUUGCUCCUGCUGAAAACCUCACUGUGACCUUCUACAGAGGACAAACUGCGAUGGGUCAUCUACAGUCCAGCCAUACGGAGAAGACACCAGUCACUGAGAUCUUCUGUCUAGACAUCACGCCCAGUAAAGAAGAUAAUGGAGUCCAGUACUGGUGUGAAGCCAAGCUAGAACUGGGACCUGAGGGACCACAGCAUCCCCCAGUGGUGAUCUCACAAAAACUCAAUGCUACAGUCUUCUUUGGUCCACACCUCAUUUGCCCUAAACCACUGCAGGUGAUAGAGGGAAAGAGCCUCAUCUGUGAGGUGAGAGGCAACCCUCAGCCAUCAGUCAUCUGGUUCAGAGAUGGGCAGGUGGUUGCCCUGCCUUCUCACUUAAGCAAAAAGCACGCUGGGAAAUACACAGUCUGCACAGACGGAUUUCUUGGACAGAAAAACUUUACAGUGGAGGUGGAAGUCCUUGCUGGCAGUGGAGCUGCAAACAGCUGUAAUAGAUAUUUCCUUUUGGCCGCUCUGUUUAUUCAGAUGAUUAACUCGCUGUGAAACCUCCUGAAAGAACCCAGCGUGAUCUGUGAUUUGUCUUUCCAUGCUGCUUGGAUGAGCUGCUCCUGCUGUGAGAAACAUUUGCCAGGAGAGGCUCAGUGCUUUGUGUCUCUCUUUGUCCAAAUGGAUCAGUUUUGAACUCAUGUCUUUUUUUUUUUUUUUUUUUAAAUGCAUCUUGUAAUGGCAAGUUCUCUGCUUGAGAGCUUCAGGCCCAGGUACACUUUCUUUUGUUAUUAAACUUAAGUCUUCAUGUAAUGCACAACAGUUUAUCUGCAACAUGUCAAUUUCAAAUCAUCCAGAAAGAUUCACAUUCUAGUCUUGUACAAUUUAAUAAUCAACAGUCGUACUGCCAUAGAUCUGUGUCAGUGGAAUGCUUUGCCUUUUGCCUGUGUCUUAUUAAAAGUUGUUUUUGAACUGUAUGAACCUUUGUGGACCAAUGUUAGUGUUUUCCCUCUGUACAUGGAGCCACCCAACAUUGCAAAGCACUACAUCUUCCGUGACUGAGAUUACUUGCUGUCUACUGUGGAUUAAAGUGUUAACUAUUAUCAAACGUCCAACAGCGUUUUUUUAGGAUUUUUGUUUAAAAAAGUAUGCGACUGAAAUUUGGGUCCUGCUGGC